GAAUUGGUGCUUGUGUCAGGUCGCCCAUGACGUCAUCAAAAACAAAAACCAUGUGUCGAUAAGUGAGAUAGUCAUCGCAGUGUUGUGCGUGCGUUUACGGCAAAUCAAUUGAAUACGCGAAUAGCCUGCCAGCCAAAACACCGCCACCAUGAUGGGCAUGUACGGUCAUAAGUUCCGCAUGCGGCGUGGCGGAGCCAUGGGCGGCAGAGACUCUCCGCCGACCAUCGGCCAUGAUCGAGUCAAUUACAUCAACCCGACCAUCAACUACGACAAGUGGCCGCGCAAGAUCCGGCCCAAGCGAGGCCGCAGUUCGGAGAACAGCGACAGUUCGCCCACGCCGGGCACGCGGCGCUGCUCGUGCAUGGAGACGCUCAACCUGACGUCGGAGCAGCUCACGGCCCUCCGGAGGCACUCGCACGACCACAGCCGCGAGGAUGACGACCUCCUCCAGCAGCAGCAGCAGACGGACGAAAUCCUGCACGCUAGCGCCGAUGUCCUCACGCGGAUGUUCACCUGCCUCAACACGUCGGCCGAACCGCCGCCGCAGGACACGCUGGUCGACCCCAGGUACCACAGGUCCCGCGAUAAGCUGGACAAAGGAUACGUGCCCAAGUAA